UUAGGGUCACCAUGCACAAUACCCAAAUCAGGGUUAAGAUUGAAUGUUGGACACAAGAGCUUCAUAACAUAGGGUUAUGAAUGUUCUUUUCAACUCUGUUAAUCACUUGUAAUGUCAAUUGCUGCCUGCAAGUGUUGAAAACUUGAAACAGAUUCUGAUACAUUCAGGAUCUCAAUAGUGGUAAACUUCUAUAAUUGUGCAAUGUAACUGCUGUAAGUAUAUAUUAGUUUUACAUUUCUUGUUCACAAUAACUAAAAGCUGUUUUAUAAUUAUGUAGCCUCUCUUUGUUAGUCUCAGAUUUUUUUUAUUGAUUGACUUCAGUUAAUUCUGUAUGAACAUUGUGCCUUAGUUGUGAGAGUGUUGUGCUGCCUGACCUCUCGGAUACCCCAGCCUGCAAGGAAACGUAGCUCUGCAGGAAGCUUGUCCGACAUGUCAGCUUUGAUGGUCAAGGUUGAACCUGGAGUCAUGGAUGCCAGCGAUGACUCAUCUCUACUCCCAAAUGUUUCAGUUGUUUAUAUCAAAGGAGAGCCAGAAAUGGAGGAAGAGGACAUAACUCUGAAGCAGGAACCAAUUUCCAUAGAGGAAAAUAAGGAGACCACACCAUGCCAAGUUCAGGUCAGCGACAGCAAGGAACAAUGGGCGGCAGUCAAUUGUAUGAUGAAGGAUGAACAAAAGGCCGAUAUGGAAGGAAAUAUUUCUCCAGUGCCAGAUAGAGCAGGCUUAGUUCACGGAAAGCUCCAGGAGAAGAGUGGUCGUUUGGUGAAUUCUCAGAGAUCUGAUAGUGAUGAUGGAGAUGGUGGUGAUUAUGAUGGCAAAGAUGUUGUUCAUAAUAAUGAUGAUGGAAAAAACGAAGAAGGAAUAAGAGCAGCUGAAAACUCACAAGGACUUUCUGCCACUGCACAUAAAAAGAAGAACAGAAUGAGAUGUAAACUAUGUAAUUAUUCAUGCAUUUCUGUAGCUAAGCUUGAGCUUCACAAAUUCUCCAAACAUGGUUUAGGGAAAGGAUUCCAAUGCAAUCUGUGUGACUAUGCAGCUGCUGUGAAAUUGCAGCUCAAAAACCACAAAUUUUUGAAACAUGGGAUUGGGAAAGGAUUUACAUGUAAGUUUUGUGAUUAUAUUGGGAUUUCAAAACGGGAUUUCAAGAGCCAUAAUUUUUCAAAACAUGGUAUUGGGGAAGGUUUCCAGUGCAAGUUAUGUGAUUAUUCUGCUCCUAGAAAAAAUGACCUCGACCGUCACCAGACUACUAUACAUGGUUUAGGGAAAGGAUUCCAAUGUGAGUUGUGCGAUUAUGUAACUGCAAUUAAAUCCCAUUUUGAAAGCCAUCAAUUUUGUAAACAUGGGAUUGGGGAGGGAUUCCGAUGUGAAGUGUGUGAUUUUGUUACUGCUAGAAAACAGAACCUUAAGCGCCAUCUUGUUUCAAAAGGCCAUCUUAUUUCGAAACAUGGAGGUGGAGAUUUGAAACAUGGAGGUGGAGAUUUAAAACAUGGAGGUGGUAUUGGAGAUGGAUUCCAAUGCAAGUUGUGUGAUUUUACAGCUAGAGCAAAGGAUAAUCUCAAGUAUCACCAGGCUAUCAAACAUGGUUUGGGGAAACGAUUCGAAUGUGAUUUGUGUGAUUAUGUUACUGCAAUUAAAUCCGGUAUUGAGAGUCAUAAAUUUACUAAACAUGGGAUCGGGGAAGGAUUCCAAUGUGAGUUGUGUGAUUAUGUUGCCUCUCAAAAACGGGCCCUUAAGAGCCAUCAUGUUUCGAAACAUGGAGGUGGAUUCCAAUGCAAGUUGUGUGAUUAUAUAGCUACUAGUAAGCAUUAUCUCAAUUGUCACCAUGCGGUCAAACACGGUUUGGGGAAACGGGAACGUUUCCAAUGUGAGAUGUGUGAUUAUGUAACUGCAUUUAAACACCAAUUUAAGAGCCAUCAAUUUUGUAGACAUGGGAUCGGGGAAGGAUUCCAAUGUGAAUUGUGUGAUUAUGUUGCUCCAAGAAAAAGCAGUCUCAAAGACCACAAAACUGCUAAACAUGGUUUGUAGAUAGGAUUCCAAUGCUUGUUGGGUAACAAUUUCUUUGCUCUCAAACUCUUGCACAAAGGUUAAAGUUUGUUUGAGCAGCAGGUCUCAAUCAGGUCUCUCCGGCGUCUAAUUCUAUUCAUUAGAAUCGAGACGUAAUAUUCCUUAGACGUGAUAGAUUGAUGGAAAAGUACCAGACCUGAGUCAGCAUGGAAACAUCACGUGACAGGUCACGCGAUCAGGACCUCAGUAGUGGCGGAAGCAGUGAUCCCAUAAAAGGGCUGGGAACCUUAGUAAGGCCCCCAGAAGCUGACAAGUCCGCACGCCGCAAUGUAACUAGCAUUAGAGCUAGUACUCCAACCUAACGGUCGAUGUCUAAGUAUUAUA